UUUCCCACCGAUGUGACACCUUAAACAUCAGCAGAAACUUAGGACAAAACAGAGAGUUUGGACUUUGUUCGUUGGAAUUGUGUUGUCGGACAGACAGAUUGAACAACAAAACACUCUCUUUUUGAUAUUUUCUUUUAGUUAAUUGCACGAACAGAUAUUAAUUUCAGUUGAUUGGCCAUUUAAAGUUUGAUUUUCUGUCUGUUUUCAUUUGCUUUUAAUUUAUUGUGCAUCAAAUCUUCAUUUCGAAAAUGAUUAACACUGGAAAACUAGCUGGUCGUACCAUAUUCAUUACCGGGGCAUCUCGGGGGAUUGGAAAGGCUAUUGCAUUGAAAGCGGCAAGAGAUGGAGCUAAUAUUAUUGUAGCUGCUAAAACAGCUGAACCUCAUCCCAAAUUACCGGGUACCAUUUAUACUGCGGCUAAGGAAAUUGAAGAGGCCGGCGGAAAAGCCUUACCUUGUAUCGUAGAUGUAAGAGAUGAAAAUCAAGUUCGUAGUGCAAUUAAAAGUGCCGUAGAUAAGUUCGGAGGCAUCGACAUUUUAGUCAACAAUGCCAGUGCAAUUUCAUUAACGCCAACCCUACAAACGGAUAUGAAACGUUACGAUUUGAUGCACACUAUUAACACCAGGGGAACAUUUUUGGUAUCCAAAGAAUGUCUUCCGUACCUGCAGAAGAGCAACCAUGCUCACAUAUUGAAUUUGUCACCACCGUUGAACCUAGCACCACAUUGGUUCUCUCAGCAUGUGGCGUACACAAUGGCCAAAUAUGGAAUGUCGAUGUGCGUAUUGGGAAUGGCUGAGGAAUUCAAAACGAAAGGAGUUUGCGUGAAUGCUUUGUGGCCGAAAACUGCCAUUCAUACAGCUGCUAUCGAAAUGUUAACCGGACCGGAUAGCAAUCAAUUCUCCCGGAAGCCGGAAAUAAUGGCCGACGCGGCGUAUGAGAUUUUAUCAAAGGAUCCACGCUCCACGAAGACGGGACAAUUUUAUAUCGACGAAGAGGUUCUUCGUUCUGCUGGCAUUAGCGAUAUGAAUCAGUACGCAUGUGUUCCGGAAAAUGCACACAAUUUGAUGCCAGACUUUUUCCUCGACACUCCACCGGAAGAAAUUGGAAAAUUCGCUCCAGCUGCGGCCGCAGGUUCAUCGGCUGCUGGAGGAGGUGGGCAAAUCGACACACUCUUUGCGAAAAUCGAACAGCAGUUGAAUGAGGAUUUGGUGAAGCGUGUCAAUGCUGUGUACGCGUUCAAUGUUAAAGGCGAUGAGUCCGGUUUGUGGUAUUUGGAUUUGAAAAAUGGCAGUGGCAAGUGUGGUAAAGGAGACAGUCCGACACCGGCCGAUGCUACGUUGACGAUGGACUCAAAGAAUUUCUUCGCAAUGUUUUCUGGUAAAUUGAAUGCCGCCACUGCCUUUAUGAGUGGAAAAUUGAAAAUAUCUGGUGACUUACAGAAGGCCAUGAAGUUGGAGAAGCUGAUGGGUAGCUUGAAAUCGAAAUUAUAAAUGAAAAAAAUACUUCUGAUAAUUGUGUGGGUAACCGGGUGUUUUGGUUGUGGAUUCCGCGUUUGUUGUUCUAUGAGAACUGUGAAAUUUUUGUACUGAAACUUUCGUUAAAAAUUGAAAAAAAAAUAAAAGAAAUGC